AGGAAGCUCAUGGCCUUGUCUCUUGCCAGCUUGCUGUUUAUGAUAAGCCAAGAACAAGAUGCAAACCGUCCCAAGUCCUACCACAUAUGUUCCGUAUAAAUACAUGAUCGCCGGCACAAACCAUGGCCACACACGAAUUGAAUUGUUUCUAACCAUUUCAUCUCAAAGGCAAGAGUCCAUUUGCUUGAAAGCCAAAGGCAGGUAGCUACAAUGAUCAGCUCCAAGAAGCUAGCUCAGCUGUCCAAGAAGUGGCAGGGAAUGGGCGCAAUUGAGCGAAGAAGGAUCACAAAUGUAGACAAAGAGAUCAACCCAUCUUGCAGCAGCAUGGUUGCAGGGAAGGGCAACUGCAUUGUCCACUCUUCCGAUGGGAAGCAGUUUGAGAUCCCCCUCAUGUACCUCCACACGACAGUCUUUGUGGAGCUCCUGAAGUUGUCACAGGAAGAAUUUGGGUUCACAAGUGACGGGAGAAUAACACUGCCUUGCGAUACAGCAGUGAUGGAGUAUGUGAUGUGUUUACUGAGGAGAGAGGCCUCUGAAGAUGUUGAGAAGGCACUCCUCAGUUCCAUAGUGAUGCCUUGCCACCACCAAAGCAGAAUGGUGCAACCAUCCAGUGGAUUGAACCAGCAAUUUGCUGUCUGCAGCUCCUGAAGAUGAAGAUAUCAGGGAUUUGAGCUUGUUUUCUCUCUUUCUCCCCCUUCCAUCUUUUUUCCCAGCUGUACCUUGGAGCACAGUUUUUGUGCAACGUUUUUCCAAUGGUACACUGUGGUUGUACAGAUGGAUGAAUGUAAAAUAAUCACAUUGUGAUUAGAAAAGAAGGAAUCAAGCUUGCCAUUGAAACAAUAAAGUGUAAGACCGACUCCAGUUAACCAAUGGUCUAGUGAAUCUCCUUUUUCUUGACUCUAGUUGUUAAAUUAACCAGACCACAUGCUAACCAAAAUUAUGUUUACUGUAACAAAAAAUAAAACGAAGUUGGUCCAGCGAGGCUCCAUUUUUCUUGACUCAAGUUAUUUGAACCAAACAGCGACGUCCUAUUGUCCUAAAAAAAUUGACAUUUUCUGUAAUAAAUGUAAAUCAGAGUUGACCAAUGGUUUAGGAAGUCUCCUUUUUGUUACUACUCCGUACAUCCUAAUGGAUAUAACAAUAUGUAGUAUUGGACUGGACUAUAGUAAUGGCUUAGUUGCCUUAUUGCACAGUUGCAGACAUAGUGAAAUCAACCGCAUCAUCAU